AUGAGUCACACUCCUAUUCCAGCUGAAUACGAUGAUACUAGAAUCUUAGGUUAUGAUCCUUUGAUUCCACCUGCAUUAUUACAACAUGAAAUUAAAGCAACUAAUGAAUCUUUAGAAGUUGUUAUGAGAGGUCGUUUUGAAUCCGGACAAAUUCUUAGUGGGAAAGAUGACAGAUGUCUUGUAAUUGUUGGUCCAUGUUCAAUUCAUGAUACUAAGGCUGCUUUAGAAUAUGCCAAUCGUUUAAAGAAAUUAUCUGAAGAAUUGAAAGGAGAUUUAUGUAUUGUUAUGAGAGCAUAUUUAGAAAAACCAAGAACUACUGUUGGUUGGAAAGGUUUAAUCAAUGAUCCAAAUGUGGAUAAUACUUUUGAUAUCAAUCGUGGUUUAAGAAUAUCUCGUCAAUUAUAUUCUGAUUUAACUGGUAAAUGUGGUUUACCAAUUGGUUCAGAAAUGUUAGAUACUAUUUCUCCACAAUACUUUUCUGAUUUCUUAAGUUUUGGUGCCAUUGGUGCUAGAACUACUGAAUCUCAAUUACAUCGUGAAUUGGCAUCAGGUUUAUCUUUCCCAAUUGGUUUCAAGAAUGGUACUGAUGGUGGAUUAACUGUUGCUUUAGAUGCGGUUCAAGCUUCAUCUAAAGGACACCAUUUCAUGGGUGUUACCAAGAAUGGUAUGGCCGCAAUUACCACUACCAAAGGUAAUGACAAUUGUUUCAUCAUUUUGAGAGGUGGUAAGAAGAUUACUAAUUAUGGUCCAGAUUCAGUUAAGGCUGCUAAAGAAGCAAUUGCUAAAUCUACUGAUCCAAAUAUCAAAUUAAUGGUUGAUUGUUCUCAUGACAAUUCCCAAAAAGACUACAGAAACCAACCAAUUGUUUUAGAUUCUGUUGCUGAACAAAUAACUAAUGGUGAAGAUGCUAUUAUUGGUGUUAUGAUUGAAUCUCAUAUUAAUGAAGGUAAACAAUCAAUGCCACCUCCAGGUGCUACCAAAGAAGUAUUGAAAUAUGGUGUUUCUAUUACUGAUGGUUGUGUCUCUUGGGAAACUACUGUUGAUAUGUUGACCAAAUUAAGUAAAGCGGUACAAGCUAGAAGAGCAUUAAAACAAAAGGUUUAG